GCUGCUGCGAUCUGACUGUCCUUUUUAUUUUUUAUCAAUAACAACAAAUCGACAAAGUCGAAUUAAUUCUACCCAUACAUGUAAAUUGUGACGACUCUGUGGCAGACUUUAGACACUUUCGAGUUUUUAGUCACAGAAUUUUCACGAGUAUACAUGCACACGCGCUUCUACUUUCUAUUACGAACGAGAAACAAAUACUACAUUUGCCAUUUGACCGCAUGUUGUAUAUGCUGUGAUUACUAAACAAAAUGGGAUCGUUGACCAGUAGGCAGAACGCUGGCGUCGAGGAGGUUGAUAUUACUUCGAACCACGCAUAUAAAUAUCCUCCAAGAUCUGGAUCCUACUUUGGCAGUCAUUUUAUAAUGGGUGGUGAACGAUUCGACACACCUCAGCCUGAAGCAUAUCUCUUUGGAGAGAAUGCAGACCUAAAUUUCUUAGGCAGCCGACCAACUCCUUUUCCGUAUCCGCCACCACAAGCCAAUGAUCCUACAAAGACUUUGAAGAGCUUAGUUAACAUACGCAAGGAAUCUCUGAGAUUAGUUCGUAAUAUGGAUCAGACGUCGACGUCUUCGCAUUACCACAGUGUUAAACAUUAUGGAGAUAAUGACAUUGAUAAGAAACCUAAUCGUUUUAAUAUUGAAUUUGUGUUCGACUGUGAUGUAAGAUGUGCAAUAACAAUUUAUUACUUUUGUACAGAAGAGGUUUCAACAAAGGGAGUUGCAUACAUACCACGAGAUCCAUCUAUGAAUUCUGAAACAUAUCAUUAUAAAAAAGGAGCAAAUCAAUUAUUCUCACAAACAUCACACAUAUUUGAUCCAACAUUGUAUACUGAAGAAGAUCUGAUGUACAAUGCUGAUAGAGAAAUUAUCCCGAUAGCUAUACAUUGUGUAGCAGAGGAAGGAUCGGACGAUUUGAAACAAUCUCAUACAACUAUAGCCGUGGUUGAAAAACAUUCCGAUGGAACAUACGUAUUGAAAGCGCUUAAACAAAAGCUUUAUGUAGAUGGUCUCUGUUAUUUGGUACAGGAGAUAUAUGGAAUUGAAAAUAAAAAUACUGAAAACUCAAAGCAACAAGGCAGUGAUGAGGAUACCGAAGACAACGGUUCUGAAUGCGUUAUUUGCAUGAGCGAGGUACGCGACACGUUAAUUUUACCAUGCAGACACUUGUGUCUGUGCAACUCUUGCGCUGAUUCAUUAAGAUAUCAAGCGAACAACUGUCCGAUAUGUCGCGCACCAUUUAGGGCACUCUUACAAAUUAAAGCUCUUCAAAAGGCGACCGGCACAAUUAUAUCCAAUCCACCAUUACCGGAGGGGAGCUGCGAGAAUAUUCCAUCAGGUUACGAAGCGGUAUCUCUGAUAGAAGCUUUAAAUGGACCUUAUACUCUACGAACUGCCAUUAUUGCGCCAGAAUCACCGGAUACUCCUGACACAGAUACAGCAAGUGCUAUUCAAGCCGCGGAAACUCUAAAUCGCUCUGCUGAACGUACCCCAGUCUUGAAACACAUAUCCGCCAAAGAAACUGAUAUGUCGGCCAGAUCUAGUACUGCUUGUCCGACUCCCGAAUUCCGUAUGUCCGUAUUAUUAGCUAGAGACGAGCACUCGGGUUCUCAAAAGGAGCUGCAUAACAAAUCUCCAGCUAUGCGAACCAAAUCGGUACAUUCACGAGAUAAAUCUGGUUUAAGAACGCGCGAUACACUGAGAUUGGUUAAUGAGAAACAACCAACUUCCUUAUAUGAGGGACAAGGACAAGAUGAAGACAGUGAAGCAGAGAAGUUAUCACCAUUGUUAGAUGCAGCGACAAAUACUGAAGCUUUAGAUGUACAUUCCCAUAGAAUAUGCGAUAUUGACAUUGAUGAUGAGAUUCAAAAUACAGAAAAUGAAAAUGACGCAGACAUUACUUGUCAUUCACACUAGAAAGUGAUCGAGA